GAAGCCCGGGAUCAUGUCAGCGGCGGCGGCCUCUCCCUCCCGCGGGUCCGGAUCAUGAUGCAUGCGGUCGGGUCGCUGGCCCGCAGGAUGCCGGCCUCGGCCCGGAGGAGCGGCUGCUGGGUUGCGUGGUGCCAGGCGGUGCUGCUCGGCGUGUCCGGGCUGGUGAUCGUGGCCGAACGCAGCGCUCUGAUCUACUGUAUAGGGUUUUACCUUUGGAAUGAGGAGACCCAGUGGGCGGGCCUCACACUCGGCCUCUUCCUGCCGGGUACGGCCGUGCAGCUGCUCAGUAUGAAGUGGUACUACGACGAUGGAGAUGACAGGCGGUGCCACCUCUCCGUCAUACACAUUCUGCACUUGGGAAUCUUCAAGAGGUUAUGGGACUGCAUGAGGUGUGUGUUGCACACGCAGGGCUCAGUGGCUGAUCUGGGAGCUUCCGUCAUGCACCAGGCGGACGUGGCUGCCCUGUGGCUGCUGGAGGCGUUCGUCCUCACGCUGCCUCAGACCCUGCUGCAGGCGUACGUCGUGGUGUCCACCGAUGUGGGCUUCACUUCACCAGUGGGUUACUGCUGUGGACUGUGCGUGCUGUCCAUUUCCUGGGCCCUGGUGCUGUUCAGCAGAGCCUGCUGUCUGAUCCGGCCGGGCCACCUGGCCAUGCCUCCGGCGGCCAUGCUGUGCCAGCUGGUGUGGAGGGCAGGCAUGCUGGGUGCCAGGGUGACUUGCCUCAUGUGCUUUGCCAGGGUCUUUAACUGGUGGGUCUGUGGAGUGGCAGGUUUCCACUGGCUCACGGCCUCCUUCUGGCUGGUCGCACAGCAGCCCGACAUCUGCACCGGCCCGUGGUGCUGGCGCUCCUUCAACGCCGUCAUGGGGCUCGUCCACGUCUUCCUCUUCCUCAACGUCAAGGACGGACCCUCGCGCUACCGCAUGGCCAGCUUUUAUACAUUCAUGCUCGUGGAGAACGCCACUCUGCUGCUGGCCGCCUCCGACUUCCUCAGCGAAGCCUCGUGGGACAGCGUGACCCUUCCCACCACGGUGCUGUGCAGCUUUCUCCUCGGUGCCGCCUCUCUCGUCCUCUACUACCGCUUCCUCCAUCCCAAGUCCACAGAGAUCUCCCAGGGUACCAACCACAACCACAUGGGCAGCACGUGUAUAGAACAGGGGGAGUCCUCCUUCUCUCUCGGGGACAAAAGCCUGCCAGCUGCCUCCAUUCAAAACCACGGCAGCUUCUCCCUCUCAGGCGUGGCUGGUACUCUGCUGGAGCACCCGGGAACCUGUGGCAGCCAGCCGGACAGCUCCUGCCCGUGCUACCACCACCACUGGCUCCUGAUCCGACUCGCCCUCAAGACAGGAGACAUGGGGAAGAUCAACCGGGCGUAUGGGGCCGGCGGAGCGGCGACCAUACUGGACCUGGAGGAGUACAACCAGGGGUUCAAGAGCAACGAGGGCAUCACCAUCACAGCAGGGGGCAGCUGCGAGGGCGUCUCCACCUCCGAGUCUCAGGGGAAAGGCCUGGCGCCGCUCUCGGACUGCAAGGACGAGUUCCAGAGCAUGAGCGAGCCCUCGUCCAUCGAACAACCCGAGGAAGAGUUCGACAGCCUGGAGAUGGAGAGCCCGAUGGAGUCGCCCUCCUCCGAUUUUAAACGCAGCUCACCAGAGGGCAAAUCUGUGUUUGGAGACAGCCCCGAGCCAUAUUUCUGCCCCACGGAGUCCAGCUCCACCCUGUACUUCAGUGCAGACCCUCAGUCCCCCAGCAGCUGCAGUAACCACCGCUUGGACCGGGACACGGGAGGUGUGGAACAUGGCGUUCGCCUCAACUCCAUCCCCAGCGACCCGGCCCUUCACAGAGACGUGCGCGGGCUCAAGGGCCGGGUCGGGCCGCGCUGCACUUCCACUCCCAAACUGGACUCGGGAGUGCUGGACUCUCCCUCCAGUGUUCCCCAUCUCACGGGUCCGAGGAGGCAGCUGAUCAUGUCCAGGAGGGAUGAGGACGAAACCUUCUAGGGGAGGAAUCAGGGAACAGCAACUGGAGCACAUCAGCUUUUUUUGGAAGGCUGCUUUUUCAUCUUCCUGGUGUUGUAGAGUGAAAAGGCUGGCAACAUUUCACCUCUGUUUGCCUAUAUCUUUAGUACACUGUGGGCUCGGUAUAUGCAAUAACAACUUUUUGGGAUAACGCUAAGCUAGCCCGCACUCGUGAACCGUAAAACUAUUUUGUAAAAGCAUUGCUUUGCCCAAAUUGCCGGACGCACAGCGGUGAGACCAUCGGCAGCGUUUUCCUCCAACAUUAAGGAGACAACCCGAGAGGUGUGUAGAGCUCAGACACCUUCUAUAUCCCGUGAAGUAACGUUUUAUUCAUUCAGCCAUAGCAGCAGUAAAUGUAAAGCCUCACAAAAAGUGUUACCGUGCAGCAGAAGGAGCACUGGUUCUUCCAGGUUGUAAUUAUUAAGCCAUGGGUUAUAUCAACGGCAUUAGAAAGAUGCAGCUGCUUUACGAUCUCAGGCAGCUGAUGGUCUUUACCUUACACACAGAAGUUGCUGUUUAAUCCCAGAUAAUAACCAGCAGUUACCAGAGAAGUUAUUCCUCCAUCAAAAGGGGGCGAGGGGUAUCUGACCUUUUGAAUAUUACCCAUCUCAGCGUCAGCCAGAGUUCUGUCGGCUUAUUAAAAGCACAAGUAUCUUCAGUAUCAUAUGUCUAUUGAUGUGAAUUCCUUGUUAUUCCCCCCGAAAAAGAAAAUAUACAGUCUUUUUUUGUAUAGUCGUGUUGACUGGCAUUGUUUUGAGCAGGGCUAGUACCUGACAGAACUGUGUCUUGAUGUUUUAACUUCAUUUACAUGUUGACCAUGUAUUUGCUGAAUUGUUUUGGGGGAUUUUGCUUUAUGUUGUGGGCUGGGGUGGGAGUAAAAAUGUCUCAGGCAUUAACUUUAAAUUCAAACGUUUAUUGAGUGAUAACGUGUAAAAAAUAUGCUUAUAAGGCACCUGUAGUGACUUUUUUUUUAUGUGGACGCUAUUUCCAGGGGAUAAAAGCAUUUGUGCUCAUUACUGUUAAAAAGGGAUGAAAUCCACCGAGCAGUGAAAUGAUGCUGGUGUUUCUUCUUGUCCCCGUAUGACUGCCGACAUGACAUUUUGAACUGUGAGGUGCAAAGGCCACUGGUGGCUUUAAAUAAGCAAUAAAUAACCUAU